AUGUCUUACCUCCAGACAAAGGUACUUUCACACGCACAGAAAGUUCGCAGCUUGUACAAGAAAGCUGCCCGCACUCUCCAGUCAUACUAUGAACCUUUCGAUAGGGCUGAGUUCCGAUAUCAAGCUGUGUUAUUGCGUGCUCGCUUUGAUGAAAACAAAAAUGAAGUAGAUGUAAGGAAAGCAAAGAAGUUACUACUGGAUGGACAAAAGGAGCUGCUUCUGAAAAGCCAUCCCCAGCAAAUUUACUUCCCCUUAUCCCCUGGAGGUGUUGCGUAUGAGAGACAUUUCCCUACUCCUGAUUGGAUUUUAGACACUUGGCAUCCUUUUGAGAAGGCUCAGUAUCCAGAGUAUUUCGCAUUGCGAGAAAUACGAAAGAAGGAAUACAUCGAGCGAUGGGAAAAGCAGUAUGGAAAAACUGAAGAGGAAGUUGCACAUUAG